CCCAACCAGGAUAGAGCUAGACUAGAGGAGGCAUGCACCUGACUACCAAUCACACCCGGCAGAGGCGCAGAGCAGAGCAUACCCUUCCCUAUAUAUAGACACACAUUGAGAUAGAGGGGCCUUCAUAGAGAUAGAGAUAGACAGCUAGCUUCAUCAGUAGGAUGGGCAGCGACGAGGAAGCGGCGCUGCUGGUGCCGGCGGUGGAGGAGGGUUGCCCCGGGUGCGUGAUGGAGCGGCGGAAGGCGAGCAGCAACGGCAGGAUCCCCUACAGGGAGCUGUUCUUCGUCGCCGCCACCUCCCUCGCCUCAGCUUUACCGAUCACGUGCCUCUUCCCCUUCUUGUAUUUCAUGGUAAGGGACUUCCGCGUCGCUGAAACAGAGGAAGACAUCGGAUUCUAUGCUGGUUUUCUUGCUGCGUCGUACAUGGUGGGCAGAGGCUUCUCUUCCAUCUUCUGGGGCGUCAUCGCAGACCGCGUUGGACGGAAGCCUGUCAUCACGUUUUCGAUACUGUCCGUGGUCGUAUUCAGCGCGCUGUUUGGUCUGAGCACGACGUACUGGAUGGCGAUCGCCACGAGGCUCGUGCUGGGCGCUCUCAACGGCCUGCUCGCCCCGAUAAAGGCGUACUGCGUUGAAGUUUGCCAGACCCAGCACCAGGCGCUUGGACUCUCGCUUGUGAACACGGCAUGGGCUCUGGGUCUCAUUGUUGGUCCAGCUCUUGGAGGCUACCUUUCGCAGCCAGCUGAGAAAUAUCCUCACGUGUUUUCCAAAGACUCUGUAUUUGGCAGUGAUGCACAAUGCAGAUUUCCAUACCUUUUGCCCUGUCUAAGUGUAUCAGCGUUUGCUACACUUGUCCUGAUAAGCUGUGAGUGGCUUCCGGAGACUAUACACAAGCAUAAGGUUCCCGAAAUGGACACCAAAGCAUUCAAAGCCCUGUCGUCAAAAGAGGGCUAUUGCGAUCCACCUCGCAAGAAGAAGAGCUUGCUCCAGAACAGGCCUUGGAUAUCAACCCUGCUACCUUACUGCUUUUUCAGUCUUCAUGACACAGCAUAUAGUGAGAUACUUUCCUUAUGGGCUGUGAGCGACCGGAAGUAUGGCGGCCUUAGCUUCUCGACUGAAGAUACUGGUCAGGUUCUUGCUAUGGCAGGCGCUAGUCUUCUAGUGUACCAGCUUGUCAUUUAUCGCUGGGUCCAUAGGAUUCUUGGGACAGUCAACUCAGCACGUAUUGCAUCUGCUGUGUCCAUACUUGUUCUUGCAACUUAUCCCUUUAUGACAUACCUGUCGGGAGUGAAACUUUCCUUGGCUCUUUGUUCUGCAGCCAUGAUGAGAAGUGCUCUUGCGAUCACUGUCACCACAGGAAUUUCACUUCUACAGAAUAAUGCUGUGGUACGUAUGAAAUCAAUGCCAAGAACAAAGAGGCACCGCAAAUGGUAUAUCGACAACUGCAAUGUCAUUCUUCAAGUCAAUUGCUCCAGUAGGUGCAGGGGCUCUAUUCUCAUGGGCACAAAAACGUCAAGAUGUUGCUUUCCUGCCAGGUGAUCAAGUGGUGUUCAUGGUGCUGAAUUUGGUGCAGCUUCUCGGGCUGAUAUCCACCUUUGAGCCCUUUCUAGUGUUACCUGCACUACCAGAGUAGUAGUAGUGUUAAGGCUACAGGACAUUAUGAAAAUAAAUGUACCUUGGCACAUAGUUACAGUUGAUCGAGUGCAAGACAGAAGGAACAUGAUUGUAGCCACUUGUUACACUACUAAUGAUGUCUGAUUAGCCCAAGAUUAAAAAAGAAGAAUGUUUUAUUAAUUAGCAAACUUGAUCUAUUGUAAUAUCACUGUGACACAAAACCCAUAUUUCUAAUCAUAUGGUCGUGGAUGCUCAAAAUGUGCAAUAAAGUUGUGAUAUUCACA